AUGUUUUCUCGCAGAGUAGUCGCCACCGUUCCUCACGUCUCCGUCUCGACCUCAAGUCGCCUUCUUCAUACAACACCUCGCGCGUUGCUCGCAAGCAACCCAGGCGCCGUCCCUGAUGAUCUGGCCAACAAUCCAGUCAAGGGUCGUACAGGCGGCGGUGAGCCCCUCGACUCGUCUGCACCCUAUGGCGCCACGCCGCCCAAGAUCUCCAACCACAGCGUGCCAGGGCACAACAGCGCCAAGCACAUGAGCCCAGAGCAGCAAAAAGAGGUCGAGGAGCACAAUAAGGACUUUGAGGCCAAGCAUGAUACCAGCAGCCCGGCGCCGGAGGACAAAGUGGACAAGAAGUUCUGGACUGGAGGAGCCCAGGACAAAAAGGGUGUUUCUGGUUAG